AUGUCUCUGAGGGCGCAGUCGGAGGCGAAGGAAGAAUCUCUCCAGCCUCUCAGAGUCGCCGAAGAUGCUGUUAAGACGAAUAAUAACUUCAUGGAGGAGCAGGACGCCGCCCUUGGCUUGGAGUACAAGCCUGCGUCUCGCUACGAGCAGAUGAUCAACGACCCAAACUUCACGGCCAAAACCCACUACUUCGCCAAGCGGUUGGAGGAACUGCAGCAGCUCCACGAGCUCUACAGGAACCUGGCCAAGCAAGCCCCGAGGUGGAGGACCUCCAUCCACUCGCCCUCGGCCCUCAAGGAGCCCUCCGAGGUGAGCGAGGACGACUCGAGCGUCUCCGAAGGCGGUGAGGAGCCGGAGCCGAAGGUCCUUCCGCAGCCGUUUUUUAGUCAGGAAGGAACUCUGACGAGCCUCAAGCUCGGCGGCGAGUACGAGUUCAACUGGAAGUCGCUCCUGCCGGAGGAGAUCGCCCUCCAGAGCGAGGCCAACGAGGGCAAGAACGAGGGCGGCGAGGACACGGCCUCCGAGGUGUCCAAGGACGUCAACGACCCGCUCUACGACAUCCAGAGUGACAUCAUGCCUUACCUCCCCAGCAACUACGUCAGUCUUUCCACGCUCACCGCCCUCCGGCAGCCCGACGGCGCCUCCAACCCCAACCUGAACGGGGAGCUCGCUCGCUCGGAGCCCCAGGCCGUCGCCGCGCCCGUCGAGGAGGGCGCGGACGCCGUGGCGACAGCGACGGCGGUGGUCGCCCUGCAGGAGCGGUUGCCGGGCAACGGGGCGUCGCUGUCGGACGACGAGAGCAACGUGAAGCAGGUGAAGGUGAAGAAGGAGAAGAGGAAGAAGAAGCUGGGGCUCCUCUCCAAGUCGUCGAACAAGUCGGGCGCCUUCGCCAAGGACGAGGCCGAGGGCGACGAGAACUCCACCUCGAGCAAGCUGAGCUGGAGCAGGUUCUUCGGCAGCCCGAGGCACAAGGGCUCCCCGAAGGAGAGCUCGAAGAAGAGCGGCAAAUCCAGCUCAAAGUCCAGCUCCAAGUCGCCCACAUCGUCGAGCAAGAACUCGGAGAAGAGCGACAAGAAGUCCCAGCGCGAAAGGGAGAGGUCGAAGGACUCCAAGAGCUCCGCGUCCAAGGAGGGCAAGGCCGGCAAAGAGGGCAAGGCGGCGCACUCGCAGGAGGGCCACCACGGCACGGAGGCGGGCAAGCAGGCGGACAGCAAGAGCGCCAAGGCCUUUCAGAAGAUGGACUCGGAGCGGUCCAACGGCAGCCUGAAGAACAAGUCCCCGGCGCGCAAGAGUUCCGAGAACCGCAGCGGCCGAAGCGGGCGGAGGGAGAGCAGGGAGCAGCAGCAGCAGUCCCAGCAAACGCAGCAGCAGCAACAGCAGCAGCAACAAGGGCAGGGGCAGCGGUACCAGGGGUUUCAGUGGGACUCGCCGCUGCCUCCUUUUCUGCCCGUGUCCACCGCGUCCAUACACCCUGGCUACGACUCGGGCGCAGAUUCGGGAGUGGGACUCAAGGUGAUCCCCGCACCCGCCGCUCCAGGGGUGAGAGUCGCCACGGGGAGAGCUCCGGCUACGAGUCCGUGAUCCGGGACUCCGAGUGCUCCUCCUUCGGCUCCUCGCAGGACUCGGGUCUCGACGACGACGGGUUGAAGGGCAAGGCCGAAGGGAAAGGGAGUGAAAACCUAGGUGAAGGGCCCACUGUGCAUAAAGAGCCCCCCCAGCCUCACCCUAAGCUCGCUCAGACCAUCUCCCACGACCUCCUCUCGAGUAAGCCCCCCGCCUCACCCCCCCUUUCCUCUCCCUCCUGUG